AUGCGAUGGUUUCUGAAUUAUCUCACUUCUCGAUUCCAGACACUGUAUGAAGUGAAUGGCACUGUGUCUGUGGAUGAGAGUAUGAUCAAGUUCAAAGGGCGUCUCUCAGUCAGGCAGCACCUCCCCAUGAAGCCGACCAAGUGGGGUAUCAAGGUGUGGGUCAUGGCGGAGAGUUCCACGGGAUAUGUGACCAACGUCCAGGUGUAUUGCGGCCAUGAAGUGAAACACGAGAAGGGCCUUGCACGUCGUGUGGUCAUGGAUCUAGCCAGACCCUAUUGUAGCUCUUUCCUGUCCAAUUACAUGGACAAUUUUUACACUGGGGUAGAGCUGCUGGAGAAGAUGAAGAGCCAUGGUUUGAACGCUUGA